AUGACACUGUGGUCGAGCUCAGAUCCCUCCGGUGCAUCAGCCCCUGAGGUUCAGCCGGGUCACACUCUGCUCAGCAGCUCCUCUGGUUACUCUGUUCUGGAGUUCAUCGGUGAAGGCUGCUUUGGCAGGGUGGCCAGAUGCCGAAAUCGGGCAACCCAAGAGACCGUGGCUGUGAAGAUCCUAAAGAAGGACACAGAUUACCUCCAGGACACUGAGAGAGAGGUGGCCAUGAUGGAGGUCAUCAGUGUCCUGAAUCCAGACCACAGUAACAUGGUGAAGUUCUUUGAGCAGUUUGAACAUUUGGGACAGACCUGCCUAGCGUUUGAGAUGCUCGACAAGUGUCUCUAUCAGAUUAUGCUAGAGCGAUUCUGGAUCCCACUGUCUCUGAACGAGAUCCUCACCAUCGCAGAGCAGCUGUUGGUAGCUUUGGAUGCACUGAAGGGUCUUGGUGUCCUGCAUACGGAUAUCAAACCCGACAACGUAAUGUGUGUCAACCAGCUGGACCAGCCCUUUAGAGUGAAGUUAAUAGACUUUGGUGAAGCUAUGACAUCCUCUGAAAUCCAGACUGGUAUUAUCUUCAGCCAGCAGGGUACAGAUCUCCAGAGAUUGCCCUGGGCCUCCCGUUCACCGAGGCUAUCGAUGUGUGGGGGGUGGGCUGCAUCCUGGCCUUCCUCUAUCUGGCUGAAAACCUCUUCCCUGUUGACUGUGAAUAUCAGAUGAUGAAGUGCAUGGUUGAGGUUCUGGGUCAGCCGGAGGACCACAUGCUCCGCGCUGGCAUACAUACAAAGUACUUUUUCAUUGAGGAAUUGGCCGCUCACCAUCCAACCUGGAGGCUGAUGAUGCCUUGUGAAUUUACAGAUGUCAACAACAUCCAGGCAGAAGAGCGGCACAGCUUAAUUGACCUCCCAGGCUCUUUGGAUGAUCUUGUCAAUAUCCAGAUCCAUCCAGAAGAGGAGGCUGCUGAGAUUGAGGACAGGAUGGCUUUUGUGGACCUCCUCAAACGGCUUCUGCAUGUUGACGGGGAUCAGAGAAUCUCCCCCCAGCAUGCUCUGCAGCACUCCUUCAUCACAAUGUGGCACCUGACCGAGCCCUUUGACAGCAGAGCCCCGUAAAUUACCGUUCACACUAGCAGGAGAUAACCUCUGAGGUUGGUAGGCUGUUUACUUUAUGGAUUGACUGAAUGAUUCACCUCCAGUCUGCACCUCCAGAACCACGACGAGCGUCUGCUCAGUGGGGGCCUCAGGAGACAACACAUCAGCCACUUAGAUAUUUGAUGGAAGCAUACUGUCACCUGAUGGAGAUGCAGUCACUCACUCCAACAUAGAUUGGGCUGGCUGGUCUUCUGAGGGAGAGAUACUUCCAGGCUCCUCUGAAGAAGAUCAAGAUGCCUGGCUUUCUAAGGGAGAAAUAUCUCCAUUCUCAAAUGAAGAAUAUUCAGUUUCCUGGUGUUCUGAGGGAGAAUGACCUUCAUGCUCCAAUGAAAAAGAACCAGAUGCCUUGUCUUCUGAUGGAGCAAACCCAGCCGAGCUCACUGCUGCAAUGGUCAGACUCAAAGAAUUAUGAUUAGCUUUCGCAGAUUCCUUGGUCGGAUCCGAGCUAUCGUCUGUUGCUGCUGAAUGCCUUUGUAUUACCUUUUUACUUUUUAAAUUGUUUUGUGUUUGAUACUUUGUAACAGUCUCUUUAUAAAAUGUAUUGUUUUUU